CCGACCUAAGAGCAUUGAACAAACCCCGAGUUAACCCAUCUGAGAGGCUCAGCUGCCCUCUGCGGGGCCUUCAGCCUACUGCAGCGCAGAGAGGCUGCAAACCAGCAUUCACACAGCAGCUCCCUCAGCCUAAGCUAGACACUCUCUGGUCUGCCAGACCCUUCCCCAGCAGCCGUACAGACUGCAGCGCCAGCAGCCUCUGCUGCAGAGCAGAAGCCCUGAAGGCGCCAGGAGCAGCUUCUUGGCAGCUGAAAUACAGAGGGGAUUGCACAAGGUGAGUGGCUCAGGAAGCUGAGGCUCUGCAGUGUGGAAGGGAACCUUAGCAGAGUGGCUGUGACACAAGCACGUAAAAUCUCCCCUAGUGUAUGGUCAGUGCAGAACCAAGGUUCAUUAGUGCUGCAAUGCAGCUCAGGUUUAAGGCAGAGCUUCAGGGAGGCAUGAUUUCUAGCAGUGACAGAAUUGAUCUCCAGAGUGUGCUGGAGAGACAAAAGAUGGAUUUCUGACAUUUUCAGGAUCAAAAAACUUAGGAGUUUCCAAAUGGUAGCCAUGACUCUCUCUAAAAGUGCUGAGAGGGAAUAUCCCUCACACCUGACUUGUAAUCCUUGCUCAGCAACUGCCGACUGGCUGCUCCACACUCUACUUUCAGUAUGACCCUAAAUGCCAGUUCUGAACAGCUGUGCCUGUGGCUGCAUCACCUGCUCACUUCUGCCAAGUACUGCAUGUGCCAGGAAGGGUAAAAACCACCUCCCUGUUUGGCCUGUAAGGAACCUGCUGCAGCCACAAAAAAUACUUUCUGAGCAAUGAAAGUCGUUUCUACGGGAGAAUUCAGUACUUGAUGGCCUACUGAAAGACACACAAAUAAAGGAGAAAAGGUUUAAAGGGCUCUGAGUUCUUCCCUGCCUCCUCUCCUGGUGUUGCUGGGACAGAAUCCCGGGCCAGCCACCUAGCAGUCUGCAAUCAGCGAGGGCAGCUGCGCUGAAUUGGCCCCAGGUGAAUCCCAUCUCAUCAAAAUUACCCUCAGUAUAAAAGGGGCGGGGGAGCGUCUCCUGGCCCUGCUGCUGCUAAGGGCUGUCUUCCUGCACCUUCACCGUGCUGAGGAGAACUUUGGAUACUGGACGCUGGGACAUGAUGGCGGACGAGUUAGAGCGGUUUAUCGAAGAGCAGAAGGCCAAGCUGGCACAGGACAAGGCCGAGCUGGAGGAAGAUCCGCCCUACAUGGAGCUGAGGACUAAGGAGUCAGAGAAGCUUUCAGAGCCCAGCAAAGUGUUAAUCUCCAUGGCUAAAGAAAAUAUACCUCCCAACAGUCAACACAACUAUCCUUUAGGUGACUAUGGCUUGAGUUUGCCUCUUGGAGAAGAAUAUGAACGAAAGAAGCAUAAGCUGAAGGAGGAGCUUCGCCAGGAUUAUAAGCGGUACCUUUCUCAGGGUAUUUCACAGGCCAAAAGAAAGAAAAAUGUCCUGACUACUGGGGAAGUGGAUCCAUACACUCAGGGAUUGUCUCUUCCUAUCGACGAGCGAAGAUCUGCUAAGGAGAAACUACGUCUGGAAAGAAACAAGGAGUACAACCAAUACCUCAGGGACAAAGAAGAGUGGAAUGAACGGCUCAGGAGCCUGGGGAGGAAGAACACAGAGCAGAAUGAGAUGGACAGGAACAGAAACCUCACUGCUGUCAGCAGGCUGCAGCCAGCCCAGCCUCCCAAAGCAGAGCCCAGCCAAGCAGGUGCAGAACCUCCCAAGAAGGAUGCUUUUACUUCUACAGAAGGUUACGAGGAGCUGCAAAACAAGAGGAGCCUGGAGGGGGACAGGUGCCACAGGCUGCCUGAGGAGGCAGAGCUGAGGAGUCGCCCGUUGAGCAGAAGAGCCGAUGAAGAUUUGGAUGUUCCCAGCCGAAGACGCCGUGGAUUUGCCAGCCAGUCUGGCAUUCCCAUCAGGAAGCACCACAGACUUGAUGAAGGUUAUGAUUUUGGGAGAAGGUUCUACAGAAUGGACUAUGGCCCUGAGCUGGGUGAGGAAGUGGAGCCCAGGCUGCAAUGGGGGAGUGCUUAUGACAGAAGGACUCAUGCUGACAGGCCCCACCUGGAUGGAGCAGCAAGAGUUCCACCUGCAGAUUAUGAAGAUGAGCUGAAGGAGAGGGCAUGUGAGCAGCAGAUCUCCAGAGCUGGAAAUUCCAGAAAUCAGCUACAAGUUAGUUCUGCAGCUAAUGAACAGGCCAGGCCUGCAGCUAAAGUGCCAUAUGCCACAGCCCUGGUUCAUGGAGACCAGGACCGAGCACUCCUCCAGAGGAGAAAAGAGAAGUACAGGCAAGAGCUGAUGGAGCAGAUAGCAGAGCAGCAGCGCAACAGGCGGCGUGAGAAGGAACUUGAGCUGUUAGUUGCUGCUUCUGGAGCUCAAGACCCAGAAAAGGAGCCAAACAGGUUGAAGCAGUUUGGCUUCUCAGCAAUAGCUCCUGAAGAGAAGGCACCUCCUGAAAAGCCUCGGGUGGCUUUCCAGACCCCAGUGCCUGCCUCUUCAACCUCCCCAGUGCAUGAAGACUUUCACAGGGGCCUUGCCAGCACUCUUGGAGAAACAGCAGCUUCCAGGCUCACCCUGAUGCCAGCACCUCCUCCAGCACCAGUGCUGGCAGCCAGCUACAGGACCCCCUACGACGAUGCCUAUUACUUCUUCGGGGCGCACGACCCUCUGGAUCCCAGCCUGGCACACUAUGGUACAGGUGUGAUGGGAGUGCAGCCCCCAGCUGACCUGGAUCCUCCUGUGGGCCAAGCCCCAGCAGAGCAGCCUGUAAGCAAUGCUGGGCUGAGUAGCACAGGAGACAGGCUGGGAAGCAGAGGAGCCUUUCCUGAAGGCAAACCAAAGCCUUCCAAAGAGACAACGUUAUUUUACCAGCAGGAAUUGCAGCAGCAGAUACGAGAGCGGGAGGAACGCCGCCGCCAGGAGAGGGAGGAGAAGGAGCGCUUGGAAGCCAAGCUGCAAGCAGAGAUGAGGAACUACAAUCCCUGGGGAAAAGGAGGUGGUGGUGCUCCUCUCAGAGAUGCACAAGGAAACCUGAUAACCGACUUGAACGUGAUGCACAAGCGAAAUGAAGAGGCCUAUCACAACCCAGAGGCAAGGCUCUACCAAGACAAAAGGGCUCUUGUAGCUGACCCAAGUUUGGCCUCCCCAACACCUGAGAACACAGAAGCACCUACAAAUAAGCCAGCAGGUUUUCCUCUGGCCCAGCCCUCUCCCUUCGCUCGAGGCAAUGUCUUCGGGCAGUCGCCCUCGGCGCAGCAGCUCCAGCGGCAGGAGUCCUACAAGAACUUCCUCCGGCAGCAGAUUGAAGAGAAGAGACAGAGGAAGGAGGCAGAGCGAGAAAGGCUGCGGCUGGAAGAGGAGGAGGAGGAGAGACGAGUGGCUGAGGAGAGGCUGAGGAUCCAGAAGGCUUACGAAGAAGAGCAAGAAGAGAGGAGGAGGAAAGAGGAGCAGAGACUGAGAAUCAAAGAAAUGAUUCAACUGGAGGAAGAGAAGCAAAAAGAAGCAAGAAAAAGAAGACUAGAAAAAGAAAAGCAAGAAAAAGAAAAACAAGAGGAGCAACUUAGGCAACAGCUGGAGAAAGAGAAGGUGGCUGAGGAGAAGAAGAUGCCAAGGCAGCCCUCUCCUGUCAUUCCUGCUCUUCAGAGCAAAGCACUGAGAAGAGAAGAGAGGAUUCCCUCUGCUGAGAGCUGUUUGUCUCAGCACACACAGGAUCCUCCUCAUCCAAGGGUUCCUUCUCCACCUGUUCCUGCUAGAAGAAACCAGCUGCGUGCCUUUGAGGAAAGGCAGAAUGUGCUGAGCGAGCUCUCGGAGAUGAGGAAGCAGCUGCGCAGCGAGGAGCGGCGGCUGCAGGAGCAGCUGCUGCAUGUGGCUGCUGAUGAGGAGGUGCCCAGCACACGGAGGAGAGAGAAGAACCCAAAGGACAUCUUUGAGAGGGCCAGGCUGCGCCAGCAGGCUCCCGUCAGGAGGCCUUCGUCCAAGGAGGCUCAGGACACAGUCAACAUGCAGAACAUUCGGGACUUCAACGAGCUCAAGUACAAAGAGUCUGAAACACGCGUGGGCUUGAGGCAGAUGUAUCCUGAUCCUCCCAGAGAUGACCAGACCCUGGAGAUCCAGCAGCAGGCACUGCUGAGGGAGCAGCAGAAGAGACUCACCAGGUUGAGGAUGAGGAGAGAAACAGGAGAGGAUCCUGUGUCUGCUGGGAGCUCGCAACCCCUGGGACUGGUAAGGAUGAACCAGGAGUUGUUACUGCUUUGCCCUUUUCAUCUCAGGAGUGAGUCCACUGAGUUCCUGAAGAACUCCUUGCUGGAGUCAGACAGCGCUUUUAUUGGGGUUAAUGGGGAAACGUUUUCUGCCUUGGGAGAAGCAGAUCUGUCACCACAGCCUCCACGCUCUGCAAGGGAGAGGAGACGACAGAAGCAGAGAGCUCUGGAGCCUGCUGAGGACACCCCAGCAAGCUGGACAUCACCCCUGCAGCCUGAUGGCUUCUCCUUGCACUCCAACUGCAGCCUCCCCGUGGAGCAGCUGAGGGGCAGGAACGAGGAGAGGCUGCAGAGGCUGUCGGAGCUCCAGCAGCAGCCUGCUGGCCUGGGCAGGGCUGCAGCAGGUGACAACGUUUCCCUGGGGGAUGCAGAUGACCUCCUGAGGCGUGCCCUGUCCCGCGGCGCCAGGCGGCCCAGCUCCGGGGACACGGUGGCGACAGAGCCCUGGCUGCGCCCGGGCACCUCAGAGACCCUGCAGAGACUGAUGGCUGAGGAGCCCAGCCCGGGGACGCUGUCACCAGAGCACACUCUGCUGAGCUGGCACGGCCUGUCCACCGCCCAUGGCUGACGCUGCCCUCAGGUGCCACCUCUGCCCUGUGGGUGCCAGGGGGCCUCUGGGCACUGCGGUGCUGCCAGCAGCUGGGUAGGUAGGGGCUGUGCCCUGCUGUGAUAAAGGAGCCACUGGAGGUGCAGCAAUGGAAAGGAGCACAGGACGUGGUGGGUUUUGCACUUUAUCCAAGUGCCAGCCUCAGAGCUGGCAUCAGCACAAGGCAGGGAGUGUGAGAGUUGGGUAUUGGUUAGCUUUGGUUGCAGCCAAACUCCACAGCUGGGGAGGAGGAGCCCAGCAGCAGAGCUGUGUUUUAAGCUGCUACCAAGAGUCAAUACCUUGGGGAAGGGCACGUCAGGGAUGGGUCCUGCCCUUCAUGGGAGCUCAGCAGUCCCACGGUGUGGCUGCCAGUGCUGCACCUCCUGUCCCCUCCCCUGCUGUGUGCUGCAAGUAGAGAGUGUUGCAUAGAUUUAACUUAUGAAUAAAUUAUUUUGUUACUGAA